GCGCGCGGGCAGAACCCACAGAGACAGACCAGCAGCCUCUUACCACAGCGCAAGAACUAACGGAGCUACUAUACCCGGGAACCAGAACGGACAGGGCUCCAGGAUAUCUCCGAGGUCUCGUGCGUGAAAAAACAGAGAAGGAACUAUCGAAACAGACACUGCAACGCGAGGCAGUAGUUUAAUUGCAAGGAAAAUCUGGAUUUAACAUUUCAUGUUGUUAUUGCCUUUGGAUAAGUUGUUUCCAACUUCGCUUGACGGGUUGGAGUAGGUAACCAACUGUGUUUCCAGUGGAGGGUUUCAUAUUGGCGACCACGCACUCUGAAGUGGACUAAAGUUUUCCCAGUACCCGGUGGUCUACCCUACCUGGCAACGCCCGGAACCUGAUCAAUUGAUAACUUUGGAACUUUUUCUCCUAGUGACAAUGGGUCGGGCUGUGGACGCUCUCGCUGCGGUAGCGCUCUCCCUCGCGCUGCUCUGCGUUCCAGGACACCUUGGUCUGGUGCGUGCGUUCGGCGAAGAGUCAGAGGAGAUGACGUGCGACCCGAUACGCAUCGCCAUGUGCCAGGACCUGGGCUACAACGUCACCAAGAUGCCCAACCUGGUGGGCAACGUCCUGCAGUCAGACGCCGAGCUCCAGCUCACCACCUUCACACCACUCAUACAGUAUGGCUGCUCCAGCCAACUGAAGUUCUUCCUGUGUGCCGUGUACGUACCCAUGUGUACAGACAAGGUUCCCAUCCCCAUCGGGCCGUGUGGCAGCAUGUGUCUGUCUGUCAAGAGGAAGUGUCUGCCAGUCCUAAUAGAGUUCGGCUUCGUCUGGCCAGAGCUGCUCAACUGCAGCCUGUUCCCCUCUCAGAACGACCACAACCACAUGUGUAUGGAGGGUCCAGGGGACGAGGACGCCCCUUUCCACCCUGUCCGACCCCUGCCCCCCCAGGAGGAGGAGUGCCAGGCCCUGGGGGCCGGGCCAGACCAGUAUGCCUGGGUGAGGCGGAGCCACAGCUGUGCACUGCAGUGUGGGUAUGACGCGGGGCUGUACCGGCGCGAGGCCAAGGUGUUUACAGACGUGUGGAUGGCAGUGUGGGCGGUGUUGUGUUUCCUCUCUACCACCCUGACCGUCCUCACCUUCCUCCUGGACUCAACACGUUUCUCCUACCCUGAGAGACCCAUCAUCUUCCUCUCCAUGUGCUCCAACCUCUACAGCGUGGCCUACCUGGUGCGCCUGACUCUGGGUCGGGAGCGUGUAUCCUGUGAUCUGGAGGAGGCAGCAGUUCCUGUUCUGGUACAGGAGGGGUUAAAGAGUACCGGAUGUGCCAUCGUCUUCCUCCUGCUUUACUUCUUUGGCAUGGCCUCCUCGCUGUGGUGGGUGAUUCUGACUCUGACUUGGUUCCUGGCUGCAGGGUUAAAGUGGGGUCACGAGGCGAUCGAAAUGCACAGCUCCUACUUCCACAUAGCAGCCUGGGCCAUCCCCGCCGUCAAGACCAUCGUCAUCCUCAUCAUGCGACUAGUAGACGCAGAUGACCUCACGGGGCUUUGCUACGUGGGUAACCUACAGCAAGAGGCCCUGACGGGCUUCGUGGUCGCCCCGCUCGCCACCUACCUCCUCAUCGGGACAUUGUUCAUCUGCGCCGGCCUGGUGGCCCUGUUUAAGAUCCGCUCCAACCUGCAGAAGGACGGGGCCAAGACGGACAAGCUGGAGCGUCUGAUGGUGAAGAUCGGGGUGUUCUCUGUGCUGUACAUGGUACCUGCGUCCACCGUGAUAGGCUGCUACCUCUACCAGCUGUCCCACUGGGGGGACUUCAGGGCCAGUGCCAGGGACUCGUAUGUGGCAGCAGAGAUGCUGAGGAUCUUUAUGUCUCUGCUGGUGGGCAUCACGUCGGGCAUGUGGAUCUGGUCUGCCAAGACCCUCCACACCUGGAAACGCUGCUCUGCCCGGCUGUGGAGAGACGGUCGGGCAGGGAGGGGCAAGCGGGCACCGGGGGACAGCUGGAUAAAACCUGGCAAGGGCAAUGAGACGGUGGUGUGAGGAGAGAGGGAGAGAAAGAGGGGAAGAUAGGAACCGGGUGGCUCUAUAAAGCAAACCUGCCCCCAAACCCACUACUGGAUCCACUAUCUGAUGGAGAGAGUGAAAGAGAAGAACAAACAGAUAUAUAGCACCCCUAAGCAGAUAGCAGUUUCCUGUUGUCCACUUGUUCUGUGGUUCUCUCCCUACUAGCAGACUAACCCACUGCCAGAGAAGAGACUGACCCUGUAGCCUACAGCAGACUAACCCACUGCCAGAGAAGAGACUGACCCUGUAGCCUACAGCAGACUAACCCACUGCCAGAGAAGAGACUGACCCUGUAGCCUACAGCAGACUAACCCACUGCCAGAGAAGAGACUGACCCUGUAGCCUACAGCAGACUAACCCACUGCCAGAGAAGAGACUGACCCUGUAG